UUAUCGCCUGGUUAAAAUCCACAGCUGAAAAUCCAAUGCCACCUGAGCAAUGAGUGUUAGAUUCCGAUGAGCGUCAGUAAGAAUUUGUACUCGAAGUUCGCCAGUGAAGCAAUGGCACCUGAUCACGUUGACGAAUCGGGCCUCCUGGAAAAUGAAUCAUCAACCGACGAUGCGGAUUUGGAAUCCAGCUCUCCCGUUUCAUCCGAGUUCUACCCCAAGGAAGUCCACGCUUAUACCACUGGCAAGACGUUAACCACCGGUGUCAUGGAUAUGGCCUUGUUGGUAUCAAACGCCGGUCAACUUCGAGAGGCCUUUUCUAGUAUGAACGAUGGGCCCGAAUAUGAGUAUUUAUCAUCGGCUUUUGCAGCUGGCCUUCUCAUCGUAUGCUUGAUCAUUCAGGGUUCCAUCCUAGCGUCCGAUGUCAUUAUUUCAAGAGACAAUAGGCACUCAUGUCAUCGCAGUUUGGUGGAAGGAAUGCGGGGACCUCGUUCAACAGUAACACCUACAUCAGCUCGUGGCCGGAGCCAUCAUGAUCUUGGUGGGAAAAGCGAAAUUGAACACUAGGAAGAUGCUGGACACAUGUCACAAGUGGAAUAAGAUCCUGUUCCUUCUCUCGUUUAUCGUGGCAGCCCUGAAUGUGGUCAUAUCAGUGUUGCUCUCACCAAUCGGACCCUACGGCAAUCCUGGAGCAAAUCUCCAUACCUUGGGUAACGCCACAGACGUCGACCAAUCCCCUGGCAAUUAGUCCUGAUAUGUGCAUGCGAGAAUUCGAAUGCGAUUGCGAAUUUUAUGAAUACAAAACCGAGCGAGACCAA